AAGAGUUUCGAUGAAAUCAUGUCUUGAAAAAAACAUGGCAGCCUCCACGGGGCUCACGUUGUGGAGCAAAAAUCUAGAUAUUUCCCGUAAUUUAUCGUUUGCCGUGAAGAUGAUGAUAGGGACAUUGCAUCGGAAUCCCAUCCUUCAUUUGAAAGCAAUAUGCCAGCCAGGUCAAAGGUCAAUUUGGCAGAGUACCAUUAGGUCGACAGUCCAUAAACCAACCACUGAGCCCACAGACCAAGGACCGAACUCGUACCUUGUGGAUGAAGGGGAAAGAGAGCCUGAAUUCUACACACCUGUGCCUCUUGAAAGUGCGGAGCAGCAGUCUCUACUCCUGGCCAGACCCUCCUGCCAACCCGAAGACUCCAGGAUCUCAAGGGUUACUAUCGUAGGCACUCCAAACUCAGGAAAGUCAACCCUCAUAAACAGCCUCCUCGGGAGACGAAUAUGUGCUGUCUCACAGAAGGUCCAUACAACCAUGAGCAAGGCCCUAGCUGUCAUCACACACAAGAACACUCAAGUGGUGCUGCUAGAUACGCCUGGCCUGAUCAGCUACACUCAAGGCAGGAGACACAAGUUACCUAGAUCUCUGCUAGUUGAUGCUAAGAACACUUUCUUGGAGUCCGACCUAGUUGCAGUGUUGGUGGAUGUAUCUAACACAUGGACCAACAUGAAAAUGGAUCCUGAGAUUCUUCUUCAACUCUACACGCACCCACAUAUUCCAUCUAUUCUGAUCCUGAAUAAGGUGGAUGCUGUGAAGGCCAAGCAGUCUUUAGUUGAGAUCACCGAGGUUUUGACGGAAGGUGUGGUCGAUGGCAAGGAGUUUGUGUCUCCCAGGAGGAAGGGGAAGUUCAAGGAUCGGAUCAGAGAAAGUCUGAAUUCUGAAAGGACAGAGAAAAGGCAAGGUGAGGAGGAAAGCGAGAUGGGAAACGAUGAAAGGAACUUGGUGGUUUCCAGACUUGCUGAUAGUGGUGUGCCCAGAGGUGGGACGGAGUCAUCAAGUAGCCCGGACAAUCCAUCUGUGAGGGUGAAUGCUAUGCAACAGAUGAGCUGGUCUCAGACGUCUGUCGGGGAAGAGGAUAAAAGUAGACUUCAUGUCCAGGAUCAUGAUAAAUUCAGCAAGGCCUCUUCAGAACUCUCUAGCACCAAUCCCGAAGGCCACAUACAAGAAAAUAGAAGUCACAUGACCAAUCAUGUGACAGAUGGCACAAGUCAGGUGAUGGAACCCCCCAAACUUGACCAAAUACAAGGAAAUGAAGGUCAUGUGACAGAUCAUGUGACAGACGAUUCAAGUCAGGUGACAGAAGGCAACACAGUGCAAUCACAUGACCUGGACAUGAGAAAAAAAGAUAUUAUGCAGCAGUAUACUGCCAACCUCUUUGAACUCUCGGAUGAUGGAGAUCGAGUGGUUGCUAGGCAAAAGAGGGAGGGGCAUGAUGAGGAGAGGAUGAAGAUGGAGAAGGAGGAGAUGGAGAGGGAACGAGAGGAGAGGAAGAGAAUGUGGAGGAUGGCUAAGGAGAGGAGUGGAUGGAAUGGAUUCAAGGCUGUCUACAUGGUAUCUGCUCUCCAUGGAGACGGUGUGAAUGAUCUAAAGGAGUUCUUGGUAACCAACGCCAAGCCUGGUGAUUGGGAGUACCAUGAGGAUGUGGUGACCAACCUUACUCCAGAGGAGAUCGUCAGAGAUGCAAUUAGAGAAAAACUUCUGGAGACGCUACCUCAGGAGGUCCCCUACAACAUAUCACAGUCCACUGAGUUAUGGAGGACAGGGGAAAACGGUGAGCUGCACAUCGUCCAGAUUCUGAUCUGUCAUAAGAAAUCUCAUGUGAGGAUGUUGGAGAAGAAGCUAGCAUGGAUUGGUCGCCAAGCAACCCAAGAUCUGAUGGAUGCGUUCCACUGUGAUGUCAAGCUGAGUCUUCAUGUCAGAUUCAAGAAAUGAAAUGCACCAAACCAUCUUGUAUUCUAGAUCAAAUCACUCUUAAAUGUUCUUUAUCAAUAUAUUAAAUAUGUUUAUGAAUGUAUGUUAAGUGAUAUGGACAAGGACGUGGUCCUUUGUAUCUUAAACCUUGUAAGCGUUAUGGAACAAUGAUCAAUUAUUGUUGGGCUGACACAAGGUCUCAAAACUUAAUGUGACUCUGAUAGUUACCCCCCCCCCCCUCCUUUUUUAAUCUGAGUAAUAUUGAAAUAAUUGUUGAAAUAAUUGUUGGUAUGAUAUUAUAAAAAUACACCUAUUCUUUCCCUCUUUCAUUUCAGAGAGAUAUAUACAUGCAUAAUGGUAUGUUCAGUAAAUGAAUUAUGAUUGCAUCUUUCUGACAUUUCAGACUAGAUUCUGACAUGCUGCCUCUUGAGUUGCCAAUUUGCAGGUAGACAUUAAAAGGGAUUCAACACAUCAUAAAUGAUUGGCAUGGGGAGAAGCAGAAAAGUAUGCAUGUUAUGCUAAUUUUGAAAGAUCAAUAAUAAUGUGAGGAAUCUCAAGACUAUGUUGUGUGAUGUAAGGGGUUGGUCAUAUCAUCUCUACCAGUUAGCAACUGUAGCUAUAAAAUAAAAUCAGUCUAUAUAAAAUAAGUAUUGGAUGCAAGAAAAUCAGUGCCGAAGUCCCAUAAGCAUUAUCAAAAUCCUAUGAUUUGUCUACAUAAACUGAUUUUCAUACUCUAUCUGUGAUAUAUGACAAGGCCUUUAUACAUGGAGGGUUAUCUUUAACAUUUCCAUUCAGAUCAGCUUUUUAAGGAAUUAUUCUCGCCAAACAUUGUAUAUUUUUUGUCUACAAAAAAUGCUGGAAUGUAUAAAUAAAUAAACAAAUGAAAAUAAAACACAACAUAUACUCAAUUUAUUAGUAGUGCUUUUUAUUGUAACAUGUCCCCAGCACACUCAUGUGUACAAUAUACAUUAUAAGUAGGAGUGUAAAAACUCCAAUGAGCUUUACGGUUCACUUGGACACUGUUUCAUAAAACUUAUUAUCAAUAACAAAUGCAAAAAUUAUAUAACUUUGCUCCCAGCCAAUCAAAUGCCAUGAUUUCAAUAGCUUAUUAGUCAUUGUAACUUUUUGUUGAUAACAAGUUUUAUGAAACAAGGCCCUGAUCUAGUAACCCCUGCCACCAUAGAGUAAUACAGUAAAACAUUCAUUAAUGACCCCCUGUAUAGAAUAAUCACCUGUCUAUAAAGACCACUUUUUUUGUUUUCCUUUGAAUAGUGUUCCUCAUUGGAACAUGUACGCAAAGACCACCUGCCUAUAAGGACCACAUUUUUGGUUUCCUUUUAUUAGUGUUUCUCAUUGGAAACAUGUACCAAGAGAGCCUGUACAAAAAGACCACCUGUCUAUAAUGACCAUGUUUAUUGUCUUCUGUGGGUGGUCUUUAUCUACAGGUUUGACUGUAAUGGCAUUGUAAUAAAGCACCUUUUUCCUUUGGA